UUUAUGUUUACUUCUGUUGUUUUUGUUUAUCUUGAUUUUUUCGGUCCUUUUCGCGGUAAGAUUGCCGAAUCGUCAGGAUAGUGCGGUAUUUCAUGUGGCCGCAGCGAACGGAAUCUAUUACAGCGCUGGUGGACGACUUCUUAACAGUAAAAAGCUUUACCAGCAACAAUCGGCUCCUGCGGCUGAUAACUGUUGUGGUUGCGGGGGCUACGCAGAUUCCACCGUUGCUGAAGGCGAUUCCAUCUUGGCAUACCAAAUGUUAAGAAUGUCCACAAUCCUAACCCGGGAACGGGAACUCCAUCAACCUAGGCAAUAGAGAAACUGGCUCGCAAGCGACGAAAUGCUGUGUAACGCUUCCGAUGUAAGCUGGAGAAACCUGAACUAUGCUGGUCACCACCCCGAAAGAUUGUCGCGGCCUGCGGUGAUGAGCCUGAUAGCACUGACGACGUCAGUGCUGAUAGGCUCGAGGGUCAAAUCGGCCAGUCCAUCCAAGACCAGCAACGGAACCUUCGAUUCGGUGAGAACAGCAGCAGGAGGCUAUCUCGACCAAGCUGAAGGAACCUACGGCUGGACAACUCGCUGCAAUCGGAAAUGUCCACUGGUCCACGAGCUGAAGAUGAGGACACAAAGCCGGACCAGGAACGGAAGAAGUCGGCCAGCGACAAUCGGAUUUUGACGAAUCUGGACCAGGUGAACUCGGAUAACAUCGGCGCCUUACAAAAGCAUCCGCGGAAGCCGAUCUUUCUGCUGCGAAAUGGACCAAGCAUUGACCAAGGCGCGUCAUGGAAAACGGUGAAUUUGAAGCAGGCCUCUCUUGUC